GUGGCUGCUUGCAUAACCAAACUGUCAAAAUUACUGUCAAAUGGCACGAUAGCGCUGACCCUCCAAUUUCCAAUUUCCGCACUGAUGGUACGGAGCCAGCCGUCGUUUCGGCUUCGCCAGAAUGCCUCCCAGCAGCCCCGCAAGCCCGCACACAAGCCCACCCAGCCCAAAGCCGCGAAACCGCCUCCGAGUAAAAAUGAAAACAGCGGCGGAUUGGUGUACCCCGGGGGCGACACAGCCUUCAAAGCGUUGCUGUCGGCGAGGUUUUGCGCGGCGAUUUGGUCGCACGUCUCGGAUUGCGACGAAACUUACAAUUACUGGGAGCCUAUGCACUAUUUGGUGUUUGGGAAGGGGCUGCAGACGUGGGAGUACAGCCCCCAGUAUGCGUUGCGGUCGUACACUUACUUGAUGUGCCAUGCAGCCCCCGCGUACAUCUACCACAAGCUGCUGCAACCGAAUCCGUUGCUGAUGUUUUAUUUUAUUAGGUGUUUGUUGGGGUUGAUGUGCGCCUUAUCGGAGGUGUAUUUCUACAAGGCUGUGUGCCGCGAAUUUGGGGUCCAUAUCGGGAGAAUGUGUUUGUCGUUCCAGAUUUUUGCAGCGGGGAUGUUCGUGUCGAGUACUGCCUUCUUACCGAGCAGUUUCGCCAUGUAUACGUUUGCAGCGGCUUGUGCUGCGUGGUGGCAACAACGGUACCCCCUGGCGAUUUUUUUCACAGCUUUGGGAUCCGUUUUGGGUUGGCCAUUUGCAGCCCUAUUGGGGCUCCCGAUUGCGUACGAUAUGGCCAUACGUAGGAAACUAUACGUUGAAUUUAUCGCAUGGGCGGUUUUAUGCGGGUGCGUCAUAAUUUUGCCCAUGGUUAUUAUCGAUUCAUUCCAAUACGGCCGUGUGACGAUCGCCCCCUUUAAUAUUCUUUGGUACAACGUGUUCGGGGGGGCCGGACCUAAUUUGUACGGAACUGAGCCGUUUUCGUUUUAUUUGAUUAAUGGAUUCGUGAAUUUUAAUUUUGUUUGGGUUUUGGCGCUGUUGACUCCAGUGGCUGUCGUUUUGGGGCACUUUUUCUUACCGUUGAAGAACAGAAGCACGCUUUAUCUUCCUUAUUGGUUGUCUGUGAGCCCUUUGUUUUUGUGGUUGGUUGUGUUCAUGGUGCAGCCCCAUAAGGAAGAGAGGUUUUUGUUCCCGAUUUACCCGAUGGUUUGUUUGUGUGGGGCGAUUACUGUGGAUAUAGUCCAGAAGCUGUUCUUCCGGGUGUGGAAUAUGGUGAAAAGUGUCCCCCAUGGGACUCACUAUUUAGAUGUUACCAUGUUCAUCAUGAUUUCGACGAUUGCAGUAACUGGAGCUUUAAAUAUUUCCCGGAUUUUCGCGCUCUACAGGAACUACCACGCCCCCCUGGACCUGCUAAUCGAGCUCAAUAGGUACCCCCACGAGGCCAACGUCCCCGAAAGAGCAAUAAUAAACGUUUGUAUGGGCAAAGACUGGCACAGGUACCCCUCGUCGUUUUUCCUCCCCAACAAAAACUGGAACGUCCGGUUUAUCCGGUCAGAAUUCAAAGGUUUAUUACCAGCGCCGUAUUCCGCCGGUAGUAAUGCGACGUACGUCGUACACGAGCACUUCAACGACCAAAACCAAGAAGAGACAAGCUUGUAUUUCAAUAUGAGUAGGUGUCACUUUUUGCUGGAUCUAGACUUAGACCGAGAGACUGAAAUGGAACCAAACUUCGCGAAAAUGAAGGACCGCUGGAAAGUGUUAAAAAGCUUCCUUUUUUUAAACGCGGAACAGUCGAAUCGAUUUUUUAGAGCUUUUUAUAUCCCAUAUUUUACGGAUAGGUAUGUACAGUACGGUAAUUUCAGUUUACUGCAAUCAACAAAACUGAAGAUUAAAUAGAGUACAAAUGUCUGUGUACUGAAAAUUAUUUUUCCAUGAUGUUAUUGGUUGGGUAAGGAGUGGACGUCUUUUUUGUGAUAUAGUUGUGAUUUUAUAUGAUUUGUGUCUUGUAAUAAAGCCUAUAUCGAGUGUAA